AUGACAGGGCGCUUGCAAUCUCCCCGCACUACCAAGCCCCGCACUACCAAGCCCCACAAUACCAAACCCCGCACUACCAAGCCCCACACUACAAAACCCCGCACUACCAAGCCCUGCACUUACCAGCCUCACACUACCAAGCCCCAAACUACGAAGCCCCACACUACCAACCCUCGCACUACCAAGCCCCACAAUACCAAGCCCCGCACUACCAAGCCCAACACUACCAAGCCCCGCACCACAAAGCCCCGCACUAGGAAGCCCCGCACUACCAACCCCGCACUACCAAGCCGCACUACCAAGCCCCACACUACAAAACCCCGCACUACCAAGCCCUGCACUUACCAGCCUCACACUACCAAGCCCCAAACUACGAAGCCCCACACUACCAACCCUCGCACUACCAAGCCCCACAAUACCAAGCCCCGCACUACCAAGCCCAACACUACCAAGCCCCGCACCACAAACCCCACAAUACCAAGCCCCAAACUACCAAGCCCUACACUACCAAGCGUCACACUACCAAGCGUCAGACUACCAAGCGUCACACUACCAAGCCUCAAACUACCAAGCCCUACACCACCAAGCCCCGCACUACCAAGCCCCCCACUACCAAGCCCCAAACUACCAAGCCCUACACUACCUAGCCCCGCACUAUCAAGCCCCGCACUACCAAGCCCCACACUACCAAGCCCUGCACUUACCAGCCCCACACUACCAAGCCCCAAACUACCAAGCCCCACACUACCAAGCCCAGCACUACCAAGUCCCCCACAACGAAGCCCCGUACUACCAAGUCCCCCACAACGAAGCCCCGUACUACCAAGCCCCAAACUACCAAGACCCGCACUACCAAGCCCCGCACUAACAAGCCCCACAGUAACAAGCCCCACACUACCAAGCUUUACACUACCAAGCCCCGCUCUACCAAGCCCCGAACUACCAAGCCCCACACUACCAAGCCCCACACUAUCAAGCUCUACACUACCAAGCCCCAAACUACCAAGCCCCACACUAACAAGCCCUACACCACCAAGCCCCGCACUACCAAGCCCCCAACAACCAAGCCCCAAACUACCAAGCCCCAAACUACCAAGCCCUACACUACCAAGCCCCACACUACCAAGCCUCAAACUACCAAGCCCUACACCACCAAGCUCCGCACUACCAAGCCCCCCACUACCAAGCCUUACACUACCUAGCCCCGCACUAUCAAGCCCCGCACUAACAAGCCCCGCACUAUCAAGCCCCGCACUACCAAGCCCCACACUACCAAGCCCCACACUAUCAAGCUCUACACUACCAAGCCCCAAACUACCAAGCCCCACACUAACAAGCCCUACACCACCAAGCCCCGCACUACCAAGCCCCCCACAACCAAGCCCCAAACUACCAAGCCCUACACUACCAAGCCCAACACUACCAAGCCUCAAACUACCAAGCCCUACACCACCAAGCCCCAAACUACCAAGCCUUACACUACCUAGCCCCGCACCAUCAAGCCCCGCAUCUUUAUGA